AUGGUCAGACGAAACUGGAACGGCUUCUGCCGGAACACGUCUCUGGCAUGGCGCCGCGACGGCAGGAGGAUGCAGGAUGAGGGCACCGGGUGGCCAGUGAGCCCACGAGGAGGAUGGCCUCGGUGGCUGCUUCUCUUAUGCUCCACCAUCUUCCUGUCUACUUUAGCUGUCGCGGAGACACGUACUUUUUCCGGGCAGCAAUCAGAGGAGCGCACGCAGCCAGGGGCCAGCGUUGACCAAGACCCCGCUUCCUCUCUAGAGCGGAUGGGACGGUCUCCGCAGAUGCUUCAAGUUGAGGCCGAGGGAGGCCACACAACGCCCACUUCAGACUUCUUGAGUGAAUCGUUCAGUUCUGAGAAGAAUACCCUUCGUCACGAGGGUGACGGGUCCGAUUCGGCUGCCACACAUACUUCCGUCACGAGGGAGAGCGAGCACCAGCCCGCCGAAGGCACUACAGGGAGGCAAGUUGACGGCAUCGAACAAAGACAGACGAGAAACCUGACGCUGGAAAGACAGCGGGUAUCAGACACUUCCAUUGACGUCAUGGCGAGGAACGGGCCCUCGAACGACUCUAAGGCUCACGAAAAGGCUCCCACAACAGAGCAGUCUGGUAGUGCAGACGAACAGGAGACAGAGGAUGUUUUUACCUCGCAGAAAGCUGGCAUGAGUCAGGCACCGAUGCCAGAAGGGUGGCGGCAGACUGUGAAGCUCGGGGCAGAAAGUGUUGCGGAAGGGACGACAGGGAAGGCACCGCAGGUGGCCCAAGCGAGCCACGAGGAGACUACUGACAGAGCCACCGCCUCUGCAGGGACUAUGGAGGAAACGAGCACGCCAUUCAUCUCGGCCCCUCGAGGUACACAACCUCUCUCUUCAGUCGGGGCUGGCAAAAGACACGAACAUGCCGUCGUGAGACCCGGGCCAGGCGACGUUGGCGGAGCGACGAUGUCGAGUGCCGGAGAUGAUCAGCGGGCACUUGGCACUCGGCCUGGUCUCCUGCCCACGGCAUACAUACACGGAGCUGAAGAGGUGUCCCAUACGGUCUUUGCUUCAGGCAAAGUUUCAGACUCUGUGUUAUCGCCAGCGCCUUCUGUAGAAGCGGGUGUUGCGGAUAUAUACGCGGCACCCUCGCUCUACACAAAUCCAGCAGGCGAACAGGAAGAGUUUGCUCGGCGGUCUCAAGGCUCAGUUGGUACGGCCCACGAUCGGAGAAAGGGAGCUGACAGGCUGCGCAAUUGUCAUACCACAGCUGGUCGGGAAGUCCCCUUCAAGGUAAAAUCCAAUGAUGACUCUCGAAGCACCACUAUACGCCAAGCGGAUGCUGCACAUCCGAGGAAGACCCGUCGCCGUGCAUUGCCUGAACACCCGCGUAAGGCUGAAAUUUACUUGCAGGCCGCGACUGGACAACGAGAGAAGCCCACUGUGCACCACAGGAAAACCAGUGAGACACCGUUAAAUCGGAAACCACGAAGAGUGGGAACUCAACAUAAACAAGUCAGUGCCACGCAACGGAGUGGGCGGCGGCAAGAGGGGGAGGGACCUUCUCCUGCAGUACCGCUGUCGCUUCAGCUAGUGCGAAAAAAUCCUGCAGUAACAGCUGAAGCUAUGGCUGACGCCCGCGCCACCACGGCAGCAUCUGCAAGCGAAAGCGCACAGAUACCUCACAACCGUAGUAAACCUGGGCGUCAAGAGGGCGUGGCGGCUAUGACAGCCGAAUCCACACCGCGAGGGAGCCAUGCUGCAGGGAAUCGUGUCGACAGUGGUACCGCCGCUGUUAGCAUUGCGUCUCCCCCGGUGAAUACAACUAGUAAAACCCUCGCUCCGGGGUCAUAUGCCUCAGAGCGUAGCGGAACGGCGGCCAAACAAACAACCGCAUCCGGAUCAUCCCUGCGAGAAGUGCGCCAUGCGGAAGGUGCCUCAAGCACUACGCAGAUGCAGGAUCAUCGAGCAAACCUUCAGGAAGCCGUUAGCGCCACAAAGCCGCCAGACCCCAUACGAGAAAGACAUUCACGAGGACCGUCCGCCGCGCUGCGCACCCGCGAACGCACUCCUCCCGGCCAGAGGCUCGCCACUGGAGUGUCCCCAGUGGAUUCAAACCGUGGUCUUUCCCGUCAACAACAGGAUAAGCAGCUAGAAGACCUUACAAAGCGUGGCCUGCAGCCUCGCGGGCGCGACGAACAAGUUUUGAAGCAGGUGUCCGAAAGCACAGGCCGAUUGAGUGUGUGGAAACGCCUAUUGAGGAAGGAGAAAAAGCACGAUGACCGGAAGAACAAGGAACACAAACGUGGGAGCCGACAAAAAGCAAGUCAACACGUUGUUGAGAGGCAACGCAAAAUGGCAAGGAAACAAGCCACGCGUUACCCAAAAUAUCCCUGUAAAACACAGAAAACGAAACACAGCAGCGAGCAGAAGAAAAACAGUCGAGCAGCGCAAUCACUUGAAACAAGGAGCACCCCGGACAACGCCGGCAGCGAACCACGAAGAGCACCUAGCUCGGGAAAAAAAGAGGCACAAGAGAGGACCUCGGGCUCUCUACCAGCCAUGCCACCAGAUCGACUGGGUGCCUCGCAGAACACAGACAUCGAUGAGCGAGUGGAUGACGUCGCACUGUUCCUGUCAGAGAUGAAAGAAUUACUCAGGUCACUAGGCAAGAAGGAGACAGUAGAGCAGACUCGGGAGGGGUUGCCCGACGCCUUCCCACAGAUCCGCGCUCGGGAAGAGGAGCGGCGGACUCAGAAAACCUCCACAGACGCACAAAAGACGAAGGCACUUGUUACUAAGGAGCACGUGCAUGUCGACGGGGACCAGGAGGAAGCGAACGAAGAUCUUACUGACCUCAAGGACAGAGAUAUACCCAGGCGAGGGUGGAAACACCCAGAGCCACAUCGAGCCGACAGCAGAGGCAAGCGAACGGUACCGGAGAAGCCGGUGGAAGCUGGAACAAUGUGGAUGCCGAGAAGGGCACAGAAACCACUGCUUCAAGUGGACGACUCGUGCUUCGAGCGGAACGUCCGUUAUAGCCCUGGAAACGAGUUCCUCGUGGUGUGGAGGGGCGUGCCAACAGCGACUCAUUGCCAAGCUCUUUGCAGAUUCGCGGCAACAGAGUGCCGUUUUUUCAGUUACGUCCGCAGCGCUUUGCUUCCUGCCGAACAUCAGGGAGCCUGUUACUUGCUUCCGAGAAAAGCUCCGGUUGUUCGGCUUCCGAGCCAAGGGGUAUUUGAAGUUAUUUCUGGAACUCGGACGUGCUCCCCCCCAACGCCGGACAAGCCUCCAAUGGACCUUGUUGGGGUGACGAAGCAGACCGGCUGCCCGAGCAGUCCGUCGGUCUGCGAUGGACUCCAUGUACCGUAUCCACUAGGCAGCCGUUUUAGUCCGUUGUGUGCGGACUCUAAAGAAGGACAGUGCUCUAGCCUCGCCGUUGGUGUUCCUUGCUGCACUACGUGCAACGAUUAUCCCGAGAACGCUUGUCCUGAAGACGACUGCUACGAGUUCAAUGUCGAUUACACGGACGGGAGAGAACUACGUCAUGUCGGAGCUGGCAUCGGAAGUCGAGGUGCCUGCGAGUCACUCUGCCGAGAAACGGGUCGGUGCACACACUAUUCGUACUUCGCAUCCCAUCUUCUUCCACACCGCAUUCGAGGCUCAUGCUCCCUACGAGAGUUCACGAGUACGCCGAGGGACCGCGUGACAAUCGGAGGGCUUGAGCGUAGCAUAGAUGGAGGGCAUGCGACAUCAGCGCGAUCCUCUGUCAUUUUUGCUCCGCUGAGCUGCCGGCUCCCAAAAACAACAACGACGACAACCACAACCGCUGCACCACCUCUCCAUGAAACUUUGUGCACUCGGGAAAAUACUGAUUUCUGGGGCCAUGAUCUGGCGUCGUUCAAGAGCUGCAGUUCCUCCGUCGCGUGCCAACAGAUAUGUAAAACAGUUGACGGAUGCGUCGGCUUCACCUACGUGCCUCUAAAGAAGAAAUGCCACCUGAAAUGGAGCACGGCAAUGGAAACGUACGUCGAGGGCCACGAGAGUGGACCCCGCUGCUGCCCGCCGCAAUUUCCCGACGAGGCAAUAGACGACGGGAGCGUAGACGGCGAGGCCGGCGGCCUCUGUCCUCCAGCGCGAGACACACCGUGCCUGUUCCCAGGCCGGGACUACCCUGGCAACGAUAUUGAUUACAGGGAAGGGGUAGUGUCAGCGUACAAAUGCUACCAUAUCUGCAGGGAGAUGCUGGAGUGCGACAUCUGGACACAUCUUCCAGGCGAGCGACUGUGUUUCUUGAAACAAGCAGACUCUCCCAGCGAACCGACGCGUCCUCCACAUCGGCAGGAGCUCGUGGAGGGGAUGACUCAAGUCAUCGGCUCCAUUACCGGUUUUGCGGAUUGCGAACCGGUGUAUGGACCUGAUGCGGGAAACUUCAUUCUUCCCCCCGCACGCAAAACUGCCGAAGCGCUGCGAGCGCCAACCGCAUCGUCACAGGCAGCGGGAGACCUCCGCGCUCCAUCUGACGUUUCAGCGGAGAACGAUCAGGACGGGCAAGAAGAAGCCUCUCAACCGCCAGGGAACGACGAUUCAACGCAAGAGGAUACGGAGGAGGACCACGUGGCGCUUCUCGGGUCAGUGGCUGAAGAGUCUAGUGAGGAAGACGACAGCAGCGACUCUGAAAGCCGAAGCUCAGCCGAAUCUGACACCUCUUUUCCAGUGGACGAGCCAAGCGACGAUGGACUGUUCUAG